AUGACUUUAUACAAAAAAGAUGAUAAGAUUGAAUAUGAAAAAACACCCGGUUCUAAGAAACAAGGUUACAUCGUAACAGUUUUAGGAAAAAAAAACCCCUCUGCUAAACAGACAUACGCCGUUGGUGACACUCUCAAUUCUAAUAGAACAAUUGAUGAGGUUGAAUAUGAAAUGAGCGAUGGUAAGAAAGAAGGCUUCGUAAUAGACGUUUUACCAAAAAAACUCAAUGAAGAACAGCAAUACAUCGUUGUUCCUACUAAAACUACUAAGAAAAAGGACGGAAGUUAUGUCUAUGAGGAAAAGCACAAAAUGAAACUCAAAGCCAAGUGA